UCCUACACUAGCUAUCUACUGCUGGGGCAGCGCGCUGUGUCUUGAGGGGCAGAAACAGCUAGUAAAUCAUAAUGCUUUCCAUUUUUGUGCGAGGAAUUUGCUGUAGUGACCAGCUAUUGAGAUCUGCGGUGAAGCAGGCACUUGCACGACAUAGGACAGCAUUUCUAAACACUUGGGCAUGGUCCAGAGUAGGGCAAGGACUCAGUCACGACCAUGUCUUGAGUCCUGAGGUAGGCUAUGAUGUCAUAAAGCGAAGCCUAUGGGUCCUCCCGGCUGGACUGAGAUCCGAAAAAUCAGAGAAUAGGAGCACUCAGCUGCCUGUGCAAAGUAGAAAAGGGGACGUUUCAGCCUCAGCUGCUCAAAAAGUGAAAGAAGCAGGAAGAGACUUCACUUACUUGAUAGUGGUGAUCAUCGGGAUCGGUGUGACAGGUGGGUUAUUCUAUGUGAUUUUUAAGGAAUUAUUCUCUUCUUCCAGUCCCAGUAAAAUCUAUGGAGACGCCUUGGAGAAAUGCAGAGCUCACCCUGAGGUAAUAGGAAUUUUUGGUGAACCCAUAAAAGGCUAUGGUGAAGCUACACGCCGUGGGAGAAGACAGUUGGUCAGCCAUAUCGAGUUUGUAAAAGAUGGAUUGAAAUACAUGCGUCUAAAAUUCUACAUUGAGGGAUCUGAAAAAGGAAAACAAGGAACUGUUCAUCUUGAAGUCAAAGAGAAUCCUGAAAGUGGAAAAUAUGAAUAUCGUUAUAUAUUUGUGGAUAUUGAUAGCUACCCGAGAAGAAUGAUAAUUGUUGAAGACAAUAGAUAGCGGAAUGAUUGAAAAAAGUCUUCCAUUGCUGGGAUACUUAUUGAUAAUAUGCAACGAACUGCAGAAUAAUAAAUAUGAAA